AUGUUUACGUUUUUAUGUGCUGUUAUUGGUGUAAUCUAUUUUGCAUAUUGUCGGCGUCAGGAAAGGAAUAUUCAUCCUACUCUGGAAUCGACUGUAUCUGAUUUCAGACGUUCAUUUUCGGGUGGUACUACUCAUACAGAGGAAUCACAGUCUAAUACAAGCGAUAAUAGGCUGGGAUUACUACGGCGAUUUGAUGAUGAUCGUACUUGUCCAAUAUGUUUUAGCCAGGCUUCAUUUGCUGUUAUUACAAACUGCGGCCAUCUAUUUUGUUGUAGUUGCAUUUAUGGAUACUGGCAGUAUAGCGCUUCGUUAAUAACACCUGUAAAAUGUGCAGUAUGCAGAGAAAUUGUUAAUUUGCUGAUACCUUUACCGGUAGAAGGGGAAAGAGAAAAUAAUGCUGAUGAAGCAUUACGAUGUGAUGAACGGCUAACUGACUAUAAUCGAAGGUUUUCCAGUGAAAGGAGACCAGUUAUCGAUUAUAUUCGGGAUUUGCCUGUACUAGUUCCGUAUAUAUUCCGUGCCAUAGUUUCAGUCAAUGGAUUGAUGUUUAUGUUUCGGAUUCGUGUUUUUUUAUGUCUUUUCGGUAUGGCCAUCUAUAUUUUAAGUCCGUUUGAUAUAUUGCCGGAGGCAGCAUUUGGUGUACUUGGUAUGGUGGAUGAUAUUUUUAUCGCAUUUGUUGUUUUGGUGUAUGUUACAAUCCUUUUUCGACAACUGUUAGCUGGUGGACGGUUACGUUUUGACGGUGCUGCUGGUAGUGAAAAUGGUGAACGAGAAAGAGAAAGGGACAUUCAAAGUGAAUAA